UCCAUUGGGGUUUUAAUACAAGUCUCUUUUGGUGCUGCCCCGCGAGGAAAGGAUAUUUAUCAUGGGGACUCCAAAAAUGGCAAAUCGCAGAACAUCCAAAAGAAUAUUAAAACCAGUUAUAGAGAAGAAACGGAGAGAUCGGAUUAACCAACGUUUAGAUGAGUUACGCACUCUCCUUCUGGAUAACACUCUGGACUCGAGACUACAAAAUCCUAAACUAGAAAAGGCAGAAAUUCUAGAACUGACCGUCGACUACAUCAAGAAGAAAGCUAGUAAUAUGAAGGAAAAGAAAGACUCUAACAAGGACUUAGCUGCCCCUGCGCAGCCAGGCGGGAGACCCCGUCUACCCUGCAUCACCCUCCACGACCCCGCCAUGCUCCACGCCCAGGCGCCCGUCAAGCCCCUGUACACGGCAGGCUUCCAGGAGUGCAUCUCACGCCUGGCCAGUUUCAUUGACUGUGUUGAGCCCUCCCAGAGGGAUGGCUUCAUCCAGGGCCUGUGCCGCCACCUGGAUACCCACACCGGUGCCCUCUCCCAGGUCAGAGCUCCCAGCCAGCCACCGCCCCACCCCUGGGGCCCCAGCCCAGAGCUGCACUGCAGGACGGAUGUGUCCGCCAUGGGGCCCGUGCGUGGAGCCACAGAGUCUUUCCCCUACGCCAGUAGCCUGUACCCCAGCUCGUUUGUCCUCCACCAUCCCCACACUACAGGCCAGGCGAUCUCACACCCCUACCCCUCCCCACCCUACUCUCUCUCCCCUCCGCCCUCCCCCUGCUACUCCAGCACGUCUCCGCCCUUCUCCACCUCGCCCACGUACCUCUCCAUGCCCUGCCACUUCCCUUUCCCCCCAUCCCUCUCUCCUCUCUCUUCCGAUUCCUCAUCCUCCUGCUUGGCAGCGUCCACCCCUGCGGUGAGCCUGGUGUCAGUGCCGCAGCCGUCCGCCCCGGUCGGGCCCCCGUCGCCGGCACGUGCGGCUGGCUCGUCUGCACCUUGUGCCUCGCGGACUCUGAGAAGAGCCUUGUUUCAGAAUCAGCCACAGAGCCUCUGGAGGCCCUGGUGAGGAAGACCUCUACGACUCGCAGGCCUCCGAUAGGGCUGCGGCUUGUCGCAGGCCCAUGCUGGGGGUGGAGCUUGCAGAGAAACAGCUCGGUCACAGCUCAGGCUGUCCGAGAAGUAACCUCCCAGCAUCCAUACAGGGCAACACAGACUUGAGGCAUCGCAGCUCCCAUGUGUUGUAACAGCAAAAGGUGAGAGACAGGUUACUAUGGCAACUCUGAAGCAUGGUAGGGUGACUUAGCUGCAGUCACAGUUGUAAGAAGAGCUCGUUUUCUCGUGCCACUGCCGAACUUGAAGGGUUCUGCAGUUGCUGUCUCAGUCAGCAUUCCUCUUUCCUCUCUGACUUUAUCUACCUGCGCUCUCGUUUAUCUUUAUUGUAUUCAAAUCAUGUAAAUAUAUUUAUUUUCCAGUUCAUGUACAGCAUUGUAAAUUAA